GCCCACGGUAGCCACUCGCGAUCGCAUUCCCUGCGCUGGGAAAAACGGCUUGACUCCUCCUCCUUCUGCUUCUGCACCACUUUCCUCAAGGCGAUGCCUCGGCUCUCUUCGCCAUGACCCCCAACACACUUGACGAGAACGAGGCACCGACUGUGGGCGCCCAAGUCAUGGAGCCGGACGACGCGAAUGAUCAUGACAGCACUUUUGGGGGUGAUAGGGCUUCCCUCGCAAACAGUUCGACGAGUCUGAUCUCAGCAAUCACAAAGUACCAAUUCGAACAUGGUCGACGAUAUCAUGGCUACCAAGCCGGUAAAUACCACUUCCCAAACGAUGAAGCCGAACUCAACCGCAUGGACAUUGAACACCACAAUCUCAAACUCCAACUGGAUGGGAAGUUGCAUCUCUGCCCCCUCUCCGACCCGAAACAGAUCCUCGACAUCGGCACUGGGACGGGAAUAUGGGCGAUAGACAUGGCGGAUCAAUACCCUGAUUGUCAAGUCAUUGGAACUGAUCUCAGUCCUAUACAACCGAAUUGGGUGGCGCCAAAUUGCAGGUUUGAGGUGGAUGAUUUCGAGCAGGAGUGGACCUUUGGCCAGAACCGCUUCGACAUGAUCCAUUCCCGCUUCCUAAUGGGGUCCGUCUCCUCGCAUCCGGCCCUUUACAAGGAAAUUUACGCGGCCCUCAAACCCGGCGGCUGGUACGAGCUCGUUGAACUCGAAUGUGGAACCUUCUCGGAUGAUGGGAGCGUGACGCCGGACGCACCGUCUGUUCAAUGGUGGGCACUCCUCGAAUCCGCAUUCGCACAGCUCGGGAAGAGAAUACCAAAGGUAAACGAGUUCCCCGGGAUGCUGGAGGAUGCCGGGUUUGUGGAUGUACAUUAUACAGAGGUCAAGAGACCGACGAAUGACUGGCCGAAGGACAAGAGGAUGAAGGAGAUCGGACGCUUUACCUGUCUAAAUUACCUGGAGGGACUGGAGGGAUUUACGAUGGCGCCGUUUACGAGGGUAUUGGGAUGGAGUGCGGAGGAGGCGAAGAUUUUGAUUGCGAAGGUCAGAAAGGAGACGGUGACGAGGAAGAUCCAUGGGUGGCAGAAAGGCGUUGUGUGCUACGCGCGGAAACCCCUACAGCCUCCGACCUAA